UGUAGUCUCUGACUCCCGGCCCGCCCCGCCCCGCCCUCUCCGCCCGGGGCCCCGCGAACUACAAAUCCCAUCACGCUCCGCGAGGCCCCCACCUCCCGGCUUUUGCAGGGAAGGCAGCGGGGCGAAUAUGGCUGAAGGCAGCCGGGGCGGCCCAACGUGCAGCGGGGUGGACGGCAGGCAGGACCUGUCCCCUAAUAGCAGGGGCUGCAACUUUCCAGAGUAUGAACUUCCUGAGCUAAACACUCGCGCCUUCCACGUGGGUGCCUUCGGGGAGCUGUGGCGGGGCCGACUGCGCGGGGCCGACGACUUGUCGCUGAAGGAGCCUCCGGCUCCCGCGCUGCCCGGGCUGCGAGGGGGCGACGACUCCGCUCGGGAAGAUGCAGCGGUGGCCCGGGAUCUGGGCUGCAGCCUGGAGGCAGCGGCCGAGCUGAGGACAGUGUGCGGCCUUGAUAAACUGAAGUGCCUUGAGGAAGGCGAGGAUCCAGAAGUCAUCCCAGAGGACACUGACUUGGUGACUUUGGGGGUUAGAAAGAGGCUCAUGGAACAUCGGGAAGAAACCAUAACGAUAGAUCGGGUGUGCAGACAAGAAACGUUUGCUUACGAGAUGGAAUCACAUGCCAUAGGAAAAAGGCCUGAAAAUCCAGCAGACCUGGUUGAAGAGGGGGAGCUUAUCCUAUCUCUGAAUAUCUUGUACCCUGUUAUAUUUCAUAAGCACAAAGAACACAAACCAUACCAGACCAUGCUGGUACUGGGCAGUCAAAAGCUCACAGAACUGAGGGAUUCAAUUUGCUGUGUCAGUGACCUCCAGAUCGGUGGGGAAUUCAGCAACACUCCUGACCAAGCUCCUGAGCACAUCAGCAAAGAUCUAUACAAAUCAGCCUUCUUUUAUUUUGAAGGAACAUUUUACAAUGAUAAACGAUAUCCUGAAUGCAGAGAUCUGAGCAGAACUAUCAUUGAGUGGUCAGAGUCCCACGAUAGAGGCUAUGGCAAGUUUCAGACUGCUAACAUGGAAGAUUUCACCUUUAGUGACUUGUCUAUCAAACUGGGCUUUCCUUACUUAUACUGUCACCAGGGAGACUGUGAACAUGUUGUUGUCAUUACCGACAUAAGGCUUGUGCAUCGUGAUGACUGCUUGGAUAGGACACUUUAUCCCCUUCUUACCAAGAAGCACUGGCUAUGGACGAGAAAAUGUUUUGUUUGUAAAAUGUACACUGCCAGGUGGGUGACAAACAAUGACAGUUUUGCACCAGAGGAUCCAUGUUUCUUUUGUGAUGUUUGCUUCCGAAUGCUGCACUAUGAUUCAGAAGGCAACAAGCUGGGGGAAUUCCUUGCUUAUCCUUAUGUUGAUCCAGGAACCUUUAAUUAAGGCAAAAACAACAAAAAAAGAACCCUUGGAAAAUAACUGUCCUCUUGGGUGGUUAUGGACAAGAAGUGCCACUGAGGAAAAGGAUCCACCUGAAAAAUCAGCUUAAGCUACAAAAAAAGUCAAAUCAUAGAUUUUCUAAUGAAGUAACUUGAUUGUAUUUAAGGCUUAGAAACUUAAUAUACGGUAAAUUAUUUUAGUAUUUAUUAAAGGAUAUUUUUUAUUCAGAGUGCUUUUGCCCAUAUUUAACUGGGUUGUUUAUAUUGAGUUAUAGUAGUGCUUUAUUUACCUGAAUACAAGUCUUCUGUCAGAUACAUGUGU